GGAGAGGAAGACUUGCAGAAGGAGGAGCAGGAGACUAAGAGGAGAGGAGAACAGAAGUGAAGAGAGGAGGAGAGGAAGAGAGGAGAAGAGGAGAGGAGACAAGGAGAAGAGGAGAGGAGAAGACAGGAGAGGAGAGAGGAAGAUGAGGUACCGUGCCAGGGAGGUGGGCGUGGACGGCGGCGUGCGUCUCGUGAUGGAGAGCGCGUUGACGGCGAGGGACCGCGUGGGCGUGCAGGACUUCCUGUUGCUGGAGAACUUCACCAGCGAGGCCGCCUUCAUCGAAAACCUGCGACGACGCUUCAAAGAAAACCUCGUCUACACCUACAUCGGAUCCGUGCUGGUGUCUGUGAACCCGUAUAAGGAUCUGGAGAUUUACUCCCGACAGCACAUGGAGCGCUACAGAGGGGUCAACUUCUACGAGAUCUCACCACACAUUUUUGCGCUGGCGGACAACUCGUACCGUGCGCUGCGUACGGAGCGUCGUGACCAGUGCCUGCUGAUCUCGGGGGAGAGCGGCGCGGGGAAGACGGAGGCGUCCAAGAAGAUCCUGCUGUACUACAUCAGCACCUGCCCAGCACGAGACAACAGCUCUUAUAUACGGGAUAGACUACUUCAGUCAAACCCUGUACUGGAGGCUUUUGGAAAUGCCAAGACACUUCGAAAUGACAACUCCAGCCGAUUUGGCAAAUACAUGGAUAUCCAGUUUGAUUUCAAGGGUUGUCCGAUCGGGGGCCACAUCCUGAGCUACCUACUGGAGAAGACGCGCGUGGUGCACCAGAACCACGGGGAGCGGAGCUUCCACAUCUUCUACCAGCUGCUGGAGGGCGGAGACCAGGAGACGCUCAAGAGGCGCGGCCUGGAGAGGAACGCUCAGAGCUACCAUUACCUAGUUAAGGGAAGCUGCCCAAGAGUGAGCUCCAUCAAUGACAAGAGCGACUGGAAGGCGGUGAAUAAAGCUCUGGCAGUCAUCGGCUUCAACGAGGAGGAGGUGGAGAAACUGCUGGAUAUUGUGGCCAGCGUCCUGCACCUGGGAAACACUCAGUUUGGAGAAGACGAAGAGGGAGAGACACACAUCACCACGGACACCCAGCUCAGAUACCUGACCAAGCUGCUAGGUGUGAGUGGGACAGCUCUGAGUCAAGCCCUGACUCACAGGAAGAUCAUCGCCAAGGGAGAGGAGAUGAUCAGCCCCCUGAACUUGGAGCAGGCGAUGUCGUCUCGUGAUGCGCUGGCCAAAGCCGUCUACAGCCGUACCUUCACCUGGCUCGUGGCCAAGAUCAACCAAUCCCUGGCCUUCAAGGAUGAUAUUUAUUAUUCAGGCAAGUGCUCUUCUGUGAUUGGACUAUUGGACAUCUAUGGGUUCGAGGUCUUUCAGAUUAACAGUUUUGAGCAGUUCUGCAUAAACUACUGCAAUGAGAAACUGCAGCAGCUGCUGAUAGAGCUGACACUGAAGAGCGAACAGGAGGAGUACGAGGCGGAGGGCAUCGCGUGGGAGCCUGUGAACUACUUUGACAACAAGAUCAUCUGCGACCUGGUGGAGGAGAAGCAUAAAGGCAUCAUCGCCCUGCUGGAUGAGGAGUGUUUGAGGCCGGGGGAUGCCACUGACAUCACCUUCCUGGAGAAAAUGGAGGACACCCUCAGAAAUCACGCACACUUUGUAACUCACAAGCUGUCCAAUGGGAAGACUCGGAAGGCAGUGGGCAGGGAGGAGUUUCGCCUGCUGCACUACGCUGGAGAGGUCAACUACAAUGUCAACGGAUUUUUGGACAAAAAUAACGAUCUUCUCUACAGAAACCUCAAGGAGGUCAUGUGCCUAUCGGAGAACCCCAUUAUGAGCCAGUGCUUUCACCAGGAAGAGGUCAACGACCAGAAGCGUCCGGACACGGCUGCUACCCAGUUCAAAGUCAGUCUGGCCAGGCUGAUGGAGAUCCUGAUGUCCAAGGAGCCGUCCUACAUGCGCUGCAUCAAGCCCAACGACGGCAAACAGCCAGGUCGUUUCGAUGAGAUGCUGGUACGCCACCAGGUGAAGUAUCUGGGCCUGAUGGAGAGCCUGAGGGUGCGGAGAGCAGGAUUCGCCUACAGGAGGCACUACCAGGCCUUCCUGCAGAGAUAUAAAUCCCUGUGUCCGGACACGUGGCCUAACUGGGAGGGGAACCUGCAGGAUGGUGUGGCCACGCUGGUCAAGCACCUGAGCUACAAACCAGAGGAGUACAAACUGGGCAGGUCCAAAAUCUUCAUUCGAUUCCCAAAGACACUUUUCAUCACGGAGGAUGCACUGGAGGCCAGAAAGCCUGAUUUGGCCACCAUCUUGCAGACGUCCUGGCGCGGCUACAGAGAGCGCUCCAGCUACCACCGCACCAGACACGCAGUGAUCACCAUCCAGUCGUGGUGGAGAGGCGUGAAGGAUCGCAGGAAGGCCAGACGACGGCGAGAGGCUGCCAACACCAUCCGCAGCCUCAUCAAGGGCUUCAUCCUGCGUAACGAGCCUCGUUGUUCUGAUAAUGAGUUCUACUUGGCCCACGUGCGCUUCUCCUUCCUGAUGACGCUCAAGAGGAACCUGCCCAAGAACGUCCUGGACCAGAGCUGGCCCAAACCCCCCACCGGGAUCGAAGAGGCCUCAGAGCACAUACACACACUCUGGCUGAGGAACACGAUGCGCCACUACUGCCGCCGAGUACAGCCCGAAUGGAAACACCAGCUGGAGCAGAAGGUGAUAGCCAGCGAGAUGUUUCGGAACCAGAAGGACUGCUACCCUCAGAGCGUGCCAAAACUCUUCCUGGGUACAAGGCUAGAGGCAGACCAGAUCAACCUGAAAGUGAUACAGACGCUCGGCAAUGACCGGAUGAAGUAUGGCGUGCCCGUCAUCAAGUAUGAUCGCCAUGGUUUCAAGCCACGGCCGCGACAGCUCCUGCUCACCGCCUCCGCCGUGGUGCUGGUACAGGAGGCCAAAAUAAAGCAGAAGGUCGACUACGGCACACUGCUCAGUAUCUCUGUGAGCACCCUCUCGGACGGCUUUUUUGUCCUCCACGUACCAACCAAUAACACCAAGCAGAAGGGCGACCUGGUGCUGCAGUGUGACCACGUGAUCGAGACGGUCACCAAGCUGGCCAUCAUGGCUGACAAGAUCCACAAUGUCAACGUCAUCGACGACAGUAUAAAUUUUGCAGUGGCUCGGGGGAAGGUGGGCGCCAUCGACUUCACCAUUGGAGCCGAGCUCAGAGUGGUCAAAGCCAAGGGAGGGCACCUGGCUGUGACUGCCCCUCGACUCAACCCAGCCUAAACAUGAAGGAAAAUGAUGCUGAUCUUGAAUAAUGCUACUGUUGCUGUUGCUGUUGCUGCUGCUGCUGCUGAUGAUGAUGAUGAUGAUGAAGAUGACAAUUAUGACAACAACGACGAUGAGGGUUAACCAAUGCCAGCUCGCAAAGAUCAGCGAUAUCGGACCAAUUAUUUUACACGAUAGCCUGCUUUAGCCAAUCACAAACAAAAGCCACAUUUUUGUUAGUUUUUUUAAAUAUA